AGAAUCGGCAGACGCAUGUUUUGGGCCUCCAACAGAAUGACCGAAAGAACGGAGGAUCGAGCAUACUCCCUGCUCGGCAUCUUUGACAUCAGUUUGACCAUGCUUUAUGGCGAGGGCGACCGUGCAUUCGCACGUUUACAAGAGGAGAUCCUCAAAUGUAACGAGGAUGCCUCAAUAUUGGUGUGGAGCUACCAGGAAGAAGACACAACAUUCGCACCGAGCGGUCUCGCCCCGUCUCCCUCACACUUUCGAACCUACACUGGCCUGGUUGGGGAGUCUCGCCCACGAGGAACCCGGAAUAAGGUAUGCAUCAUACAACUAGAUCUUCAGAUGACGCCAGGGGGCCUGCUGGCAACGCGGAAGGUCUGGCCAGAUCCCUUUGAUAACCACAAAGCCUAUGCCAUCAUCGCGGAGGCUGGGAAGAGAGUCAGGAGGCCCCAAAAAGUCCUCUUGAUCCCUGUCCUGUACACGACUCCAGUCCAAAAAGGAAGGACUGUUCGCAAUUGUGUUCGGUAUGCGACACCACUCUGGGUCUUGUACGGUGUCGUCAAAACGGCUAUGCCAAACUCGCUGUGCUUCGUCAGACGAGCGAGAGAUGUGCGUCCGACCGGCAUGAUUGAUGGAUUCAGCUUGACUUCGAUGGUCUGGGCUGAAUUUAAGACGACAUUCUCCUAUCCAGUGCAGACACAAAGUCAUCGCCGCCACUUUCCAGACAUCCUCAGAGGCUCUGCUCGCGGAAAGCAACACAGACCAGUUGAGCGAACUUUCUUCCUGCAAUUACAACAUCGGAAAGAGCCAGGAUGUCAAGUCGUGAUUCUAGCUGACUAUUGGAUUGACGGUGCAAGAAUAGCGCAAGGCACGAAAGUUUCGGUC